CAGCUUUUACGCACAUCGCCGGGGUCCCAUCAUGUUGGAGGGUUCGGUCCUUCCUCCCAAGGAGGGAGAGGAUGCUGCAAACUCAACAACAGCUGGACAUGUAUCCAUGUCACGAUCCCCUUCACAAUCGUCGCGACAACAACUCACGUCGUACCUCUCAUCCGACCGCUCCGCAUCUCCACCCAUGCGACACGCCAGCUCUGCUGCAUUCCGAAAAAAGAGUUCUCCCUAUGGUUACAAAACUGUUGAAGAGAGGAGGGCGGAAGAACGAGCCCAUGCACUGGCGGCUAGAUUGCAUACUGUCGCCGGCAAGGGUGAAAUACCACGCUUUGACGUCAGAAGAGUCAUGGCGUUGCCAAAAAGACCGGGAAGCGGGGAACGUCUGAUGCCACUGGACAAUCAUUCAAUCCAUGGAUCUGCCGAGGCCGUGUCACCAGCUGCUUCCCGCCCACGGGAAAGAUCCGAAAGAUCCGUACUAAGAGCCAAAAAGCCACUCGUCAUACCCGCUAGCUCCGCGCGAUCCCAAUCCGGCAAACGGGCGUUACAGAUGGCCUCUGAGCUCAAAGGUGUGAACGAUAUCCACAUGCCUCACAAAGCGACUGAAGAGCCACUCAGUAGGCCGCCAUUAGCAUUUCGCGCACUCACACCUCCAGUUAUUCCUCCCAUCGGUACCAGUUCAAGAGACCAGCCCGAUGUCAAACGGAUUCGCAUAUCCGAACCCGGCAGGCGAGAACAAGUUGAAAUGGACAGAGUGGAAUACCCAGCGUCGAAACCCGUUCUACAGCAGAUAGACGAGGGUGUGGUGACAAAGCGAGCGACAAAGGACCUAUUUGCCUUUAUCCGUCAUUUAGAAUCGUGUCCUACCUCGAAAGAGUUUGUGUAUUUGAACGCUGUAAAACUGUCGGUAAAGCGGGGACAGCCGACUUUCAACCCCUAUAAUCUUGAGAUUGUAGACUACGCCGAUGUGGAUAAAGACGGAGGAUACUAUACUAUCAGUGCAGCGGGAGUAACGCACUUUGAUCAUCAAGGCCACGGUGAUUUUACACCUCUAAAUCAGUGGCUCCGAGAAUAUAAGCUGUUUCAUAAUUUAUUGCGCAUCCCCUUUUUUGCAAGAUAUCGCUUGUGGAAGUGCUUCAGCCUCUGGCGCAGAACAGUGCUUCAUACGAAAAUCACGCAAAACCGUCGACAACUGGCCAAGAACCUGUUCCUAGUUCACCCGAUUCUUCGAUCAACCCUUUUGGAAAUUCGCGUCAGAUGCGUUGAUGUGCUCACCAACAAGCGAUUAGUUAAGUUACAAGAGCAGCACAGCUACGAGCUAGCGGACUUUGUGAAGGAGCAGAAGGCUUGGGUUGAGGAAAGUGCGGGCUCUUUAAAAGAAUGGGAGACUACCGUACGCCGACUGGUAGAGCAGGCUGGAGUGGCGUGUUUGCGGGAAAAGGGCUUUGAAGUGGAAUGGGCAGAAAAUCACCAGGGAGAAUCUGGAGAUAAACCUGAUGAGUUGGCGCCUUUAUCGAGUGGCAGUCGGCCCACAAGUGCUCUAAAGAAAGCCGUGGAGGAAAUUGAACCUCGAAAAUUGACUUACACGGAGCAAGCUGCUCGACGCACGGAAUGUCGUCGUCUUCAACGUUUUGUCAAGCUCGCCGAUUACAUGAUCGUCACAACCCUUCAUAUCUUGACCAUUGAAAGUGUACGUGAUCUUUUACGGUUCGUCCUCCGUGGAUGCAUGGAUGAAGAUGUGUUCGUAGACUCUUCCGGCAGCGGAUCCAUUGUGAUCUCUGACCCUGGAAUGCUUGGCGAAGGGCGCUUGUCAGAAUUACUGCAGAAUGAAGACAAUGGUCGUGCUCGACCUGGCUUGGAACGAACUGGCUCUGUCAGCGGUGCAGAUGCGUUUGGUAUGGCUCCCAAUGGUGGUGUCCAGGUUGGCGGUGUUGUUGUAGGCGAGGAGGUCGGAACAACGGAACUUGCCGAUGCUGGGUUCGACGGCUUCUUUGGCAUUUUGAGUCGGAUUAUUAAGGCUGCAAUGCCAAAGUUGGAGUUGAUUGAAGUUAUUGAAGAACAAGGGCUCAUGGCUGGAGGCACGAACAUGAUGGACGUAGACGAUCGACUGGUUCCUGCCGAUGGAGCUGGAAAAAAAGUCGGAGAUACGAAAGCGGCAAGCAAUAUCUCCUCCAAUCAUGGAAAGGAAAAGGAGAAGGCCGCCUUCGUUCCGCUCUUCCGUACUGAGCUUCUCUUACAGCUUGCUGCCGCUGUGCGGAAUCUCUACUUUGCACCCUCCCUCCCAGACUAUCUUGCAGCAAUUGACAUCCUCUUCAAACUAUAUCUCAAUACUGUCGAGAAAGUCUCUCUUCUCACAAAUACGAUAUCUUAUCUGGACCCUGCCAGCGUUUCUGGCGGAGCUUACUCGUCUGUUCGAGGCUUGGAAGAGGCAGAGUACGGCGAAGGUCCUCAAAUUACCGCAAUCAUAACAGAGGGUGCGUACUUUAGGGAAGUAUGUGGCCGUAUUCGCGGUGUGCUUGUGGGUAUCUUCUCUAAUGCGGCAAAGUGGAUGAAGACUUGGGAGGAGGUUCGUGGAAUGUGGGUUGAGAACGAAGAGUUUGAGGGGUUAAGGGCCUUGGAGGCAGCUGCGGGUCAUGUAGCCGUUGUGCUGGCUACUGCCGGGAAUCAACCUGUUGAGGGAGGGGUUGCGGCCGUGUUAAUGGCCUCCUUAGCGAAUACUGUCGAGCCGUCGAACGGAGACCAAGAGGAGAGCGAGGGCACGCAGACAGAAAAGCAAUCGAGUAUCCUCGAACUAGGAUCUACAAUUAUUACUCGCCCGGACGGUACAACCUUCUCUCCAGUCGUUGACUUUUUCGAGCAUCACCUCGCCAAAUUCUCCUCUCAGCGUCAAACGAUGGCGGCAAUUCCAACCACCUCCGUGAUCAACAACCUGCUUAUUGACACUACGAAACUCAAAAGCAUUCUUGUCCCGAGUCCAGAAAGAUGUUUUGCGGAAGUUGCCAAGAUCUUACCUGGUCUUGCGAGGGAUAAGAAUGAGUUGCUGUUGAAUGAAGUUCAGACAUGGGUUAGAAUUCUCAAUACCCAGCCUGGAAACGUUGAAGGCUUUGUCGAAUACUUGGAGUGGCUUGAGAAAGUUAAGGACUCGAUGCCCCUUGUGGAGCAACUUUACGAUGAGGUCACACGCCUCUACAACUUGAUGGAUCAGUACAAGAUUGCAAUUCAGCCGACAGACCUGGCAUUGUACCAAACCUUGGGACCAACCCUUCGCCAAUUGAAAGAAGCCGUCGAUAUGGCGUCGGACACGAAAGAAGAGAACAUCAACAAAUUCUCGGCGGAACUUGAUAAAUCAAUGGGAGACCUCAUGACGGAAGUUUCAGAGAUUCGCAAUCGCGCACAAGACCCAAUGGUGCUCAAUCCGGGUGCCAAGAGUGACAUGGUUAUCAAAUUCCUGGAGGACUUACGAGGACAGUUGGAGAAGGUUGAUGCUACAAAAGGACGGUAUGAAACAUGGGGUGAGCUUUUCAAAGAUGGCGGAAGUGCUGCGAUCCCUGGUGUACCAACUAAAAUGGGGGAGUUGGAGGAGACGAAGAAUGAGGUGGAGCUGAAAAGAACGCUCUGGAUGAGUUUGAAAGACUGGGAAGUCAUUACUCGGUCCUGGAAAGAAGGGUCAUUUGAUAUGCUGAACACGGAGGACAUCAACAACCAAAUCCAAGCUUACAUCAAAACCGUCUAUAACCUGGACAAGGGUCUCCCGCCAAACGAAGUCGUUCCUCGACUCAAAGCCAUGGUUGAUGAGUACCGAAGCAUGUAUCCGACGAUUGUUGACCUCCGCAAUCCCGCCCUCAAGCCGCGACAUUGGGAAAGAUUCACAGACGCCCUCGGAAAGCACUGGUGA